CUCCAGGAUAUUCACUAUUUGCCUCGCCAUUAAGGACUAGCUCCAGCUCCACUCAGCCUAUUCUGAGCCCCAGAGAGGUGGACGUGGCUGGAAUGACUCUCCAAACCUCGGAAGGCCAUCCUGGCUUGGGAACGGAUGUGUUUGUCCCUCAGAGCCUACAGUGGGAUGAAGAAGGCAGCAUGGCAGGAAGGAGUGUCUGUGAGUCAGAGCAGAUACAGGUCCUGGAAACUCCCCAUCUCACAUCUCUACUUCCCGUGGCCCCUGAUGGCUCUCAGGAGGGGCUGUCUCCAUGCCACCUGCUGACAGUGAGGGUCAUCCGCAUGAAGAAUGUCCGACAGGCCGAUGUGGUGAGCCUGACAGACUGCUUCGUGAGCCUCUGGCUGCCCACCGCCAGUCAAAAGAGGCUGAGGACUAGGACCAUCUCCAACUGCCGAAACCCAGAAUGGAAUGAAACCUUCAGCUUCCAGAUCCAGAGCCAAGUGAAGAAUGUUCUAGAGCUGAGCGUCUGUGAUGAAGACACAGUGACACCUGAUGACCAUCUCUUGACAGUUCUCUAUGACCUCACCAAGCUCUGCUUCCGAAAGAAAACCCAUGUGAAGUUCCCGCUCAACACAGAGGGCAUGGAGGAGCUGGAAGUGGAGUUCCUGCUGGAGGAGAGCCCCUCUCCACCUGAGAGCCUCAUCACGAACGGCGUGCUGGUGUCUCGACAAAUGUCCUGCCUGGAGGUUUGUGCAGAAUCCAGGAGGCCAAAGAAGAGGAAAAAGAAGGACUUCCUGGUGACAGUGACGGAGUCCUUCGAGCACACCCAGCGCAUCUCACCCGGCCUGGAGCCCUGCGGCUCAAACCUCGCCUACUUCCAGUACCCCAAGCACUUCCAGCCCGAGGUGCACGUGGAGUUGCCCAAGAGCCCGUGGAUCUGUGAGCUCUGCUGCUGCGCCCGCCAGAAGGACCCUGUGUGCCAGUCGCUCCAUUGCCUCCCCGACGGCGAGGCGGUGACCUUGCCUGUGAAUGAGAACUGUGAAUUACACAUGAAGUCUACACCCUGUUCCCAGGCGCUGGAUGUGCGGCUGGGCUUCAGCCUGUGCCAGGCAGAACUGGAGUUCCUGCAGAAACGAAGGGUGGUGGUGGCCCAGGCGCUGAAGGAGGUGCUGCAGCUGGAGGAGGAUCUGCGGGCAGAUGAGGUCCCGCUGAUAGCCAUCAUGGCCACUGGGGGUGGAACAAGAUCUAUGACCGCCAUGUAUGGCCACCUGCUGGCGCUGCAGAAGCUGAACAUCCUGAACUGCGCCAGCUAUAUCACCGGCCUAUCUGGGGCCACCUGGACCAUGGCCACCUUGUACCGUGACCCUGACUGGUCCUCCAAAAACCUGGAGCACGCCAUCUUUGAGGCACGGAGGCACGCGGUCAAGGACAAGAUGCCUGCCUUGUUCCCAGACCAGCUCCUCAAAUUCCAGGAGGAGCUCCAGCAGCGCAGGCAGGAAGGCUACAAGGUCACCUUCACAGACUUCUGGGGCCUGCUGAUUGAGGCCUGUCUGGGAGAUGAGAGAAAUGAAUGUAAACUGUCAGAUCAGCGUGCUGCUUUGUGCCAGGGCCAGAACCCCCUGCCCAUCUACCUCACCAUCAAUGUCAAGGAUGAUGUAAGCAACCAGGAUUUCAGAGAGUGGUUCGAGUUCUCCCCCUACGAGGUGGGCAUGCAGAAGUAUGGAGCCUUCAUCCCCACAGAGCUCUUCGGCUCCGAGUUCUUCAUGGGGCGGCUGAUGAAGAGGAUCCCAGAGUCGCGGAUGUGCUACAUGCUAGGUUUGUGGAGUAGCAUCUUCUCUCUGAACCUGCUUGAUGCCUGGAACCUAUCCCACACCUCGGAGGAGUUUUUUCACAAGUGGACAAGGGAUAGAGUGCAUGAUAUUGAAGAUGAGCCACUCCUGCCUGAAAUCCCCAAAUGUGAUGCCAACGUCCUGGACACCACAGUGGUGACGCCAGCAUCCUGGCUGUCCAACACUUUCCGCGACAUCCUCACCCACAGGGCCUUUGUCUCCAAGUUCCACAACUUCCUGCUGGGGCUGCAGCUGCAUGCCGACUACCUCCAGAACAGCCAGUUCUCCAUGUGGAAAGACACGGUGCUGGACGGCUUCCCAAACCAGCUGACAGCAUCUGUGAAACACUUGUGCCUGCUGGACACUGCAUUCUUUGUCAACUCCAGCUAUGCGCCCCUCCUCAGGCCCGAGAGAAAAGCUGACCUCAUCAUCCACCUUAAUUACUGUGCUGGGUCCCAGACAAAGCCCAUGAAGCAAACCUGCGAGUACUGCACUGUGCAGAACAUCCCCUUCCUCAAAUACGAGCUGCAGCAGGAGGAGGAUAACCUCAAGGAGUGCUACCUGCUGGAGAACUCCCAGGAGCCCGACACCCCCAUCGUGACCUUUUUCCCACUCAUCUGCGACACCUUCCAAAAUUACAAGGCCCCAGGUGUGGAACGAAGCCCCGAGGAGCUGGAGCAGGGCCAGGUUGACAUCUACGGUCCCAAAACUCCCUACGCCACCAAGGAGCUGACAUACACUGAGGCCGCCUUCAACAAGCUGGUGAAGCUCUCCGAGUAUAACAUCCUGAAUAACAAGGACAAGCUCCUUCAGGCCUUGCGACUGGCGGUAGAGAGGAAACGCCAGAAGAGCCAGUGUCCCCCCUAAAGUCCCAGAGCACCUCACCGAUCCUGUGUCUGCUUCUAGCAUCAGAGGUGUAGAACCCACCAGGGCUGACCAGCCACACAGCCGGCUCUGCUCUCUAGCAUGGCUGGCUUGGGCUUUCUAUAAAACAAAUUAAAAAGGAAAGUUGAGAGAGACAGAGAUAAAGGAAAAUAAUAAAGGGAUGUAUAGGGGCCUUAUAUCCACUGGAAUUUUUUAAAACCUUCCCUGCAGGGACGGGGUUCCAAAAGCCACAGGCGCCCACAUACACCUAAAAAAUAGAUAAUAAUAGCAUGGCCUGACUUUAUAUAAGAGGCUGGUUCUCCAGUAAUCUCGAACUCACAGCAGGAACUCAAAACCCUCCCCUCACUACUCCACUCUGCUUGGGGAAUGCACCAGAGGACUUGAGAAGCAUUCUGCGUUCUCUGGAAAAAUUUUUUUUAAGUGAAGGCAAUUGUAUUGUGAUAUUCAUAGACAAUUGUAUUUUGUGACUAAUUUUUAUGAAGCCUCAUAUUAAUAGGAAGUGUAAUGCUCGAAGAUCUAGAUGGAACACUAGAGACAUUCUGGUCUGUUCAGCAACAAACACGAAAAACUGAUGGGGUCUCAGCAGCCCCUCUGCAGCUGCUCAGAGCCCCAGGACUGAGGAUGCACCCUGUGAUCCGUACUGGGCAGCCUUGCUGAGCAGCCAGCUCCAGUGUUGUGCCAGGCUGAGUCCAUGUCUGUAGCUCAGGCCCCCGAACAAGGAUCUGGGAUACAGCUCAGCAAGGUCUGGGCAGGUACAUCAGGCAUCAGGUGAGUGUGGCCGCCACUCACUGACCAGCCUGCUCCCUGAGCAUAUCCGCAUCCUCUUACCACCUCCUGUCUGGUUCCCAGAUGGGAUUAUUUAUUUCUGAAUUGCAUUCCUCUUGUUUAUUAUGUAAGCACCAUGGCCAGUGCAUCCCAGCUCCUGAAGAGACACUCUGAGAUAACAAAACUGGAAAGGAUCAAUCCAGAAAGGACCAGGUUAACCCUGAGGAAGACACUCAUCCGUGGAGUUGGUUUCCAGAUGAGUCACUGGCAAAGCCCCGGGACACAGAAGCUCACAGUAUCCAGGUCUCCAAUCAGGCCAGGAACUUAAGUGAAGAAAUGUGUAACCUGAGCCAUUGAGAAGCCGGGGCCAUGGGAGAUGUGACCAGAAAGGCGUGUGGCCCCCAUGAAGCCCAGCACAUCUGGAAGACACGGCCACUAUGCUCCCUGAUCAGUCCUUUGGAUGUUAGGAGAUGCGUGGUGACAGGUGCCAAAAGUUUACCAGAAUCGUCCUCUGAUUUAUAUCCUUGCUACUCAAGGGGGUCCGAUUAGAAAUGCAGAGUCUCAGGCCACACCCCAGCCAUACUGACUCAGAAUCUACAUUUUAGGAAGAUUUUUCACCUCCUCUCCCCUGCCUCCAGGUGAUACUUAUGCAUACUGAAGUCUGAGAGAAGUGAAUUCAGCUGUACUCUCCCAUAAGCCAGAAAGCAUGAGUCCAUCACCUCCCUUGAGCCCUUGAUAAACUGGACCUGGUCCUGCUGACUUGGGACCUCAGCCUCGCCUCCACCAGAGCAGCCAGCUGCCUCCACUCCGCCAUCUUUUCUUUCCAUCUGCCAAGACAGGUUCUCCUCAAAUUAUCAGAGUGAGCCAGAAAACCUGUGUUUAUCAAAAGACCUGUGUGUUUAUUGUAAGGUGAAGGCAGCCCUGCCUUGGAUUCAUCAAAAUAUGUAAAACAAGGUUUAUAAAAUCAUUGUGUUAUUUGAACCUGGAAUAAACUGGCCUUGUGGGUGAAUGCUGUCAA